CAGUUUUAUAACAUGAACAUAACCUCUAAAUUUUAAAAUAAACACGAAAAAAUGCGAUUAAUUAAUUUAUUUCAGUCUUUAAAACUGAGUUCUCAAGUGCAAAUAGUGCGUUAUAGUUCGGAGUAUGUGCCGAAAGCGCUUCGCAGUUUAAAAGCAAAGUCUACGCGGAAUACAGUUCAGUUUUAUGUGGAUUCCUUCCGAGUGAGAGCCGUCGGUGGGUCCGGCGGAGAUGGAUGUAUAUCAUUCCUAAGUGCGUGGUGUAAAGAUCAUGCAGGACCUGACGGAGGUGACGGAGGGAACGGAGGUCAUGUUAUUUUCCAGGCGUCAUAUGCAGCGAAGAGUUUGAACCACUGCAAGUCUGUAGUGCAGGCGCUUCCAGGGGAGCGCGGGUUCAACAAGGAGUGCAAUGGAAAGAACUCACAACAUGUCAUUGUGCCCGUACCUAUCGGUACUAUAAUCCGAGACGAGACGGGUCGUGUAGUGGGUGACCUGAAUACGGAGGGGGUGAUGUUUGUCGCGGCGAGAGGGGGUGCGGGGGGAAGGGGGAACAAAUUCUUCCUCACCGAUACUGAACAGGCGCCGAGCGUGGCGGAACUCGGUGCCAAAGGAGAGAGCAACGUGUAUGUUCUAGAAGUGAGGUCCAUGGCACACGUCGGACUCAUCGGGUACCCCAACGCGGGUAAGAGCACAUUGCUCCGCGCGUUGACUCGCGCGCGCCCCACCGUGGCACCGUAUCCCUUCACGACGCUCAGACCGCAUAUAGGGAUUCAAUUUUUGCAACACGCUGAGCGGUGCAGAGGUCUAAUAUAUCUCUUGGAUGGGGCUCAGGAUCCCCAAGAGCAGUACGAGGUGCUUCGCUAUGAGCUCUCACAGUACAGCGAAGCCCUAGGCCGCCGCCCCUCGACCCUAGUUAUAAACAAAAUAGAUUUGCCCGAAGCGCGUAAGACAUAUGAAAAACUGAAAGAAAAGAUGUCCAUCAUAGGUGUAUCGGCUAAAACUGGACUCAACUUAGAUUUAUUAUUACAAGUCGUUAGGAAAAUGUAUGACAGUGAGACUUCAUAGCUGUUUCUAUUUAUUUUAGUAAUGAGACGACAAGUCGUUCAGUAUGCGAGUAAGGAAACAAAGAUUGCUUCAGUACAGAGCCAGUAGCUGUCGUUAUAGUACAUUGUACGCUUUGUAACGAAGCCAUGUCUUCUGUAACUCGGUCGGCUCUAGACAACCAAUGGCUACUGUCUCUGUACUGAACCAAUCUUUGUUUCCUUGCCUGCAUACUGAAUGACUUGUUUGACGCCUGACAUUGUCUAAAGGUGCUUCCUCACCGGGAGCAUUCGCAUGUAAUGUAACGUUACAAAUCUGAGGAUUAUAUCAGUGAAGGAGGAGAACCGAGCA